AUGAUGCUUGCCGCGGAGCAACCCACUGCAGAGGAGAUCGAUGCCUUCGUCAUUGUGAACCGAAAGUUCCUUUCAGAUGAAGCAGAGGAAACCUUCCGAAAUAUGGACGGCCUGGAUCAAAAACAUGUCAUUGCAGAAGGCUCACUGUCUAACUGCAAAGACCCAGUGGCGAUCAUCAAGUCAAGAGCCCGCGGCGGGUUCUUGAAGGCUCACAUAGAUUGGAUGCAUUCCCACCGAGAUUCUUCACAUGAAGACGUCUUGGACAGCUACAUAGAAGCCAACGUGGACUGGAUGACGGAAGAAGCUGAAGAGCUACUGCGAUCUCUCUCGUUCAACCAUCUGUGGAAAGUCAUUGAUUUUGGGUCUUUGCAAAACUGCCGCGACCCAGCAGCUAUCAUACGGAUAAGGCUGAAAGAUGUCCUGCGCGGGAAGGCUGGCAAAAGUGGCAAAGGCAAAAGUAGCACAGGGAAAGGUGUCCAAGGUCGUGCAGUGUUACAUCAGGCACAGACGGAUGGAAUGGAUUCAUUGCCGAGUGAAGAUCCAGCCGAAUCUUCAAAGGGAGCCCAGGGAGGCAAAGCCAAGGGAGCCAAGGGAGCCAAGGGAACCAAGGGAGCGAAGGACAGACCAAAGGAUGAUAUCCAUGAGAAAGCACUUGAAGAAGGUCGCUCCUUAUACUGCCUUGGCCUUCCUCCACUCUGGAGUGCCAAGCAAAUACAGGACUUCUUUCAACACCAGGGUGAAGUCGAAGGGGUGUAUUUGCAGAGCAUGGGCAAAGGAAAGAAUACCCGCGGCGCUUCUGUCGACUUCACGACUGCCGAGGGUGCCAGAAACGCUGCCAUGGUCUGUGACAGGCUGGAAGUUUACCACAAAGAAGAGAAGUUUACCCUUGGCUGCAGCAUUCGGCACAAGGGGCCAGCUGGGCAGAAGUUUAUCUUCCCCGCUCGGGGCGAGGUGGACUUUAAGCAGGCACAAGCCGAAGCACGGAGCGUCUACCUCUCAAAGAUUCCGGCGCACAUAUCUGAGCAGCAGAUCAGGGAAAUGGCAGAGGAGCAUGGAGAGGUUGAGGCGAUACACAUGCUGCCAUCCAACGGCUUCAGCCUUGCCUGCUUCAUCACUAUGGUGAGCCCUGGAGAAGCAGCAUUCAUGAUCAGAGCCCUCAACGAUGCGCAGGCAUUCGGGACCAUAGUUUCUGCCAGCUACCCAAUUGAGAAGAAUGAGAAACGCAAGAAGAAACAUCCAGAAGAAGAGAUCUUCCAGUGGUACGUGUUGGAAAUCAAGAAUUUCCCGCACUGGACGGUGACGGAUGACAUCAAAGUCACCAUAUCAACAUUUGGCAAUGCUCCAAAUCGAGUGAGAAUUAUUCACUAUGAUCCUGAUCCAGCCCAGAGUGUGGCAAAAGCCUACUUUAGAUAUGAGGAAGACCAAGACGUUGCACUGAAGGCACUAGCUGGCUACGAGUUUACUCCUGGAUAUGCACUGCAGGUUAUGACCCGUCCAAGGACUGCGGGCACUGGUCAAGCAUUGGCACAUCCCUCACCGCAGCCACAGCCGCCUACCUUUCACAGCUUGACUUUUGGGCAAGUUGGCCUGAGCACGCCUGCAACGGUGCCUGCAACGGUACCACCACGAUUUCCUCGCCCGGCUCUACAAGACGCUCAACUGCCAGCUGCAUUCCCACGCCACUAG